CAUGAGAAGAGAAGAAUCCUUGGAAAAGACCCUGAUGUUGGGAAAGAUUGAGGGCACUAGGAGAAGGGGACGUCAGAGGACAAGAUGGUUGGACAGUAUUCUCGAAGCUACCAACAUGAGUUUGACCAAACUGCGGGAGGCAGUGGAAGACAGGAGUGCCUGGCGUGCUAUGGUCCAUGGGGUCACGAAGAGUCGGACACGACUAAACGACUAAACAACAACAAGGUGCUACUGAAGGAAUUUUCUUAUUUUGCUUCGACUCAGACCAACACGGCUACCUACCUGUAACUAGAAGAUGGAUGAUUGUUAGCAAAACAUCCAGGAAGCAAGCCUUCGCAGUAGACAGGUCAAAGGCUCAGGCAGCCUACUUGGAACUAACUCUCUCAUGUGAAACCUCUCCACUUGUGAAGAUCUCAUUGAGAUGGCCACCAAUUUAGAUGGCUUCUAAAAAGAUUGGACAGUUCCCUGGAAGAUAAAAACAUCAAUGGCUAUUAAAGGUAAAGGUAAAGGGACCACUGAGCAUUAGGUCCAGUCGUGACUGACUCUGGGGUUGCGGCGCUCAUCUCGCCUUAUCGGCCGAGGGAGCUGGCGUACAGCUUCCAGGUCAUGUGGCCAGCAUGACAAAGCCGCUUCUGGCAAACCAGAGCAGCACACGGAAACACCAUUUACCUUCCCGCUGGAGCGGUACCUAUUUAUCUACUUGCACUUUGACGUGCUUUCAAACUGCUAGGUUGGCAGGAGCUGGGACCGAGCAACGGGAGCUCACCCCAUCGCAGCGACUCGAACCACCGACCUUCUGAUCAGCAAGCCCUAGGCCAGGCAUCCCCAAACUGCGGCCCUCCAUAUGUUUUGGCCUACAACUCCCAUGAUCCCUAGCUAACAGGACCAGUGGUCGGGGAACAUGGGAAUUGUAGUCCAAAACAUCUGGAGGGCCGAAGUUUGGGGAUGCCUGCCCUAGGCUCUGUGGUUUAACCCACAGUGCCAGCUGCGUCCAUACAUCCCACCUGGCUAUUAGGGAUGUACAAAUGUGUUAAUUUGGUUUCACUCACUUUUUCACUUUCUCCAGUCUUCAGUUCUCCAUGUCUGCAAAUCAGUUUGUAGGGAGGGGUUUAAGUCCUCAUGAAAAUGAAUCAGCAUUUCAGUGACUUUUUCUCCUAAUAUACACAUUUUUGAAAUUAUAAUGCAUUUUUAAAUGUUAUUUUCACCAAUCCUUGGGGGUUCCCAAUCCGUGGUCCUUGACCGUCAUUCAAGCGGUCCAUGGCAUAUCCGCAUUAUGCAUUUAUAUUGAUUUUCAAUUGUCUUCUUCGUGCUUCUUUUAUUUUUUAGGUUAUAAUUUAUUGUAUUAUGAUUUGAGUUCCAUGGAAUGAGAAGUCUAAAAGAACAGAGUACAAUAAAAUAUAAGCAAUAAAAAUACAAUGGCAAAUAAUACAGCACCUAGCACCAGCAAAUGGCAAUUGCUACAACAGGUAGAAAAAUAAUUUAGUGGUCCAUAAGACCAUCUUGGCCUUUGACACCUGUAAUUGGUUUUAAGUGUGGUGAAUUCUAAAAUGUGGUAACCCAUCCUGGGACCUGCUGUUGAAGGGCAGGUAAUAAAUUUAAUCCUCAUCAACAACAACAAUUUUCAAGUGGCCCAGGGGUGAAAAAGUUUGGGAACUGCCACAAUAACAAUGGCCAUGUCUACGUACACUUCACUCCAGUAUGUGCAAUCCUGUACAUGUUACUUGGUUGUUGAAUGGCCCUGCAAAAUUCAGAGAAGAGCAAAUUUCAAAGGACAACUUGUGUUUCAAUUCACAUUUCUUCCAGAAAGUGUGGAUUCGUUCAAUUUGCUUUUAAAUGCAAACUGAAUCAGAUUUGUCCCCCAUCUCCAGCUGACAGGGAAGAACAAUGAGGAAAGGAUUGAGAUUCCUGCAUUGCAGGGGGCUGGACUAGAUGACCCUCGGAGUCCCUUCCAACUCUACAAUUCUGUUAUUCCAUGAUUCUAUGACUAUUGUACUCGGGUAAUGCUGGUGGGCUUUCCAGAAGUUGCAUCUGGUUGUCUGCUGCGAGAACAGGAAGCUGGACUAGGUGGGCCUUAUAUAAUAACAGGCGGGCCUUAUAUAAUAACAGGCAACAGCCCUUAUAAUAGAAUGACAGCCACUUGCCAUUAUUAUUUUUCAAUGCAAAAAAAAUUAAAGGGACCAGAAGCUUCAGAAAUCCUCCAAGUCCACAUGUGGUGGAAACAUUGGACCCCCCCCCCCAAAAAAAUCCCAGUCCCCUUACUCUCUUAUCAUUAGAGGGCUUGAGCUUUGUUGGUAAAUAUGGUUCCUUUAAAAAAAAAAAGCAAUCAUUUUUUUUAAGGCUGAGAGCUUCUAUUCAGUGGGGAAAUUGGAACUCAUUUGCUGUUAGUUCUGCUGAGUGACUGUCCAGAUGAGUUUAUGAAACCUGCAGAGAAUUAUCUACAGAGCAGCCAAAGUGCACUGGCCAACCACGAGAGGAGGGGGGAGAACUUUGGCUGCAUUUCCCCGCACCCCCCAUGCCGCCGCCACUGUACUGUGAUUUGCAGCCAUGUAUAAAACAGUCUAUAAAAAUAAUUGGCUGGUGACGGCCUUCCUCCUCUGGCCUUGCGAACAGAAAGGGCAUCAUUUAUUUUGACACUGGCUGGCCCAGCGUACCAGGGUUCAAAACACUAAACUGGGUCCAAACUCGUGGACUGGGAAAUGAGCUGAGUCCAUUAAUUUCAGUGGAUCUGCCCUGAGUCUAAAUUUAGUUGGAAACUGCCCAUAAUCUUUGAUUAAAAUGGCAUUUAAAAAUAAACAAACAGACAGCAUAUAUAAGCACAUCCCCCCUCCAGCCCAAGAAUAUUGGGAAUUGUAGUUUGGUAAGGGUGCUAGGACUUGUAGAUCUAUGAGGAGUGAGCUACAGGUUCAAGGAUUUGGGGCAGUGAACUAUAAAUGCAUGUUUUCUGAGCAUUUCUAUCGUUUUUUGUUAACCCAACCGGGGUUUAAAUGCUGAGAACUUAGGCACAGGUAAAAAGGUGAAAUACCGAGACACCAAGAUAAUAACUGAGCCGUUUUCUGCCCCCACUCCCAUCUUUUCUCCUCCCCGAGCUGGACAAGGCUCCCUCAACUCAAUGAAGUAGCCGGCCACAUAAUCCAUUUUGAUAUAGUGAUUGUUGCAAGGGCUCGUUUAAUGAGUACUGCUGCUUUGAGGUUUAAUCUCCGAAGAAAUUAAAACGAGUGACGUUCACAGGGAUUUAAAAACAACAACAAAACCCCAAAAGAGAGUGGUGCCCUGUCAGGCAGCAGGUGAAGUCCUGGCAUAUCUUUUUGGAGACACCAUGGCAAUCAAAGACACAGCUGCCCUCGUUCCAGCUGGGCCUCUGAGUUCAAGAGCAGGCUUCAGUAUCGCUUGCCCCGGGCUCCUGCACCAGAUCUUUGUCCCUGCCUGGGUUCCCAUAGGAUACUGAAAACACCUGAUCUUAGAAAAUAUGGGCAUUUGCUCCUGUCUUUGCAGAGACAAAGCAAGGCAGAUAAGGCAAGUCCUGCUUCUCCCUUAGCUCUGGAAAAAAGAGCAGAGGAUCCCAAUCAAUCGUCUGAGCAGAAUAAAAGGGCUGACCAGCCGAGUGGGGAGUAGGGCUGGGCAACAUAUCAUCCAAAACAGGUGAAGUAACAACACAAGCAGAGCUCCGCCACCUUACCGAGACAGGAAUUUUAAUCUGGGUUUUGCGCACCUGGAAUGGAAGCCUGAGGACCUCCCAGGACCCCCGCUCAUGACCUCCCGAAGGCACUACACUUUGCCACGAACUCUAAUGACUCCUCGCCUGUAUUCCGAAGGGGCACUGGGCGGCAUUGCCCAACUCACCCCCUUCCUGUACAUUAGUAAGGGAAGCGUCGCCUCCAACAGGCAGCUCCUCCUGGCCCGCGGGAUCACAUGCAUUGUCAACGCCACCAUCGAGCUCCCCAAUUUCAACUUCCCCGAGUUCGAGUACGUCAAAGUGCCUGUAGCUGACAUGCCGACCGCCCCCAUCUCCUUGUACUUUGACAGCGUGGCCGACAAGAUCCAGAGCGUGGCACGGAAGCACGGGGUGACCCUGGUCCACUGCGCGGCUGGCGUGAGCCGCUCGGCCACCCUCUGCAUCGCCUACCUUAUGAAAUACCAGAAUGUCACCUUGUUGGAGGCUUACAACUGGGUGAAGUCCAGGCGUCCGGUCAUCCACCCCAACGUGGGCUUCUGGAGGCAGCUCAUAGACUAUGAGCGAGAGCUGUACGGGAGGAACACCGUUAAAAUGGUACAGACUCCGUAUGGCAUUAUGCCAGAUGUUUACAUGAGGGAGAGAAGAACCUUUGUGCCUUACUGGGGGAUCUGAAGGGAGUCGGCAAGGAGCAGAAAGAACGAGGUCUUUCAAACCAGUCACAAAGGAGAGAGUUAACAGUCUCUCCUUGAGGUCCACUUCUUCGGUUCCUUUGUUAGACAGCAUUUUUAUUUUCAGAGCACUAAACCAGCAACCCCCAUAAUCUUGGGGGGCCUUAAUCCUAACGUCCCGUGGAGUGAAUGUUGCAGCUACUUUGGUGAAGAUGUACACAGCAUCCACAAAACGAAACCGCAAGCCCAGUUCGACAAUAUACAUAAAUGAAGCCAAGCACACAAAAAACGGCGGAAGACGUGACCCAAAUAUUGUCUGGCAAUGCAGUAGCUUUUUCUUUUUCUUCUCCUGUAUCUCUUCCUUGUUACACCAGCUUGUUGGCCAAAAACAAAACAAAAACCUCAUCAGGAAAAGA